ACAAUGAAGUGAUCAUUUAUUUCUAACUUUUAGUUGUGGUGAUUCACCACUUCACUGUGCCAGUCAACAAAAUAAUACUUAUAGUGCUCUAUGUCAGCCACCAUGUGCAUCCGGUUUCUGUUGUUCGAAAUGGGGAUUCUGUGGUAAUACACCACUCCAUUGUGACAAUCAGCAGAAUGAUACUUAUAAUACUCUAUGUCAACCACCAUGUGCAUCUGGUUUCUGCUGCUCAAAAUGGGGAUUUUGUGGUGAUACACCGCUUCACUGUGCCAAUCAGCAGAAUGAUACUUAUAAUGUUCUGUGUCAACCACCAUGCGGACCCGGACUUUGUUGUUCAAAAUGGGGAUUUUGUGGUGAUACACCACUUCAUUGCACUGAUAGUGGCCGAUGUUCGCCAACAUGUGCACCUGGUCUUUGUUGUUCAAAAUGGGGAUAUUGUGGUAGUACAUCCGAAUAUUGCAACAAUAAACCUGAAGUUGGUGCUAACGAUACUUCACUCACUCGUGAACGAUUCGAUUGUAUAUUUGAUCAAUUAGAUUCAAGUGUUCGCGACAAACGUUGGCAAGGUCUUCAAGAGGCAUUACCGAUGGCACCAUUUCAAGCACAAAAUCGUGAUGAACUUAUAAUGUUUGUUGCACAUGUAUCUCAUGAAACAGAUGGCUUAAAAACUUAUGAAGAAUAUUGUGGACAAUCAGGUACAUGUGCUAAUGAUUAUCAAGAUUCCUGGUGUCCACCAGUACAAGCCGAACCUGGUAAACAAUACUACGGUCGUGGAUGGUUUCAACUAUCAUGGCCAUGUAAUUAUAAUGCGGCAGGGCAAGCACUUGGUGUUGAUCUUUUGAAAAAUCCUGAAAAAGUUGCUGA